AUGCUCAAUAUUCGCGACAGAACAACAGAAUUCCAACGAUCAGUCAUACAACAUAAUAAAAGAUCUCAUGACACUUCCAAAAAUUCAAGCACUUCUUCUGUUCAAAAAUCUCAAUUUCAGCAACAAGCUUCUUCCAUAGCACAUGAAAUCGCACAAACGGCUCAGUUAUUGGGGAAACUUGCCCAAUUGGCUAAACGGAAACCAAUGCUCAACGAUAACCCUGUAGAAAUAGCAGAAUUGACGUUUGUCAUCAAACGCAAGAUCUAUGCUGUCGAACAAAGCAUGAUGGAGCUUGCCAAAAUGGGUGGGAAUCAAAACACAACCUCGCAACCGGUUCAGCAUACUCGAAAUGUGGUCAAUCUCCUGAACACUAAAAUGAAAAAUAUCAGCGGUGACUUCAAAAGCGUUCUUGAGCAGCGUCAAAAACUAGAGCUGGCCAACCGCGAUCGCUGGGAACAAUUGAGCUCUCAGACACAAUCAGAACAGCAGCACGUAUACAACAAUUCCAACCCGUUCAUGUCAUCGGUCUUGGAAGAACCCGAUAAGAAUCCUGGCCAACUUUCGUUGCCCCAGGAGUCUCAAAUGCUGCUGCUCGAAGAACAGAGCUCCUCGACAUAUUUGCAGGAGCGUAAUAGAGCUGUAGAAACCAUCGAGUCUACGAUACAAGAGGUAGGUAAUCUUUUCCAACAGCUCGCCCACAUGGUUCAGGAACAAGGCGAGGUGAUUCAAAGGAUUGAUGCCAACGUGGAUGAUAUUGAUCUCAAUAUAUCCGGAGCUCAAAGAGAGCUGCUAAAAUACUUUGACCGUGUAAGCAGCAACCGUUGGUUAGCGGUUAAAAUUUUUGCGGUCCUUUUCGUGUUCUUUCUCGUGUGGGUACUGGUCAAUUGA